ACGUGUCCGCUUCCGCAAAGAAUCACGGGAUCGUGUUCUGACCAUCUUAUACAGACGUUGAAUAAAAGUAAAUGAUUGAGUCGCCAUCUUGUAUUAAAUUUAUUAAUAUUACGGAAUGACUCCCACGUGCUCCUGCAAUUAUAACCACGUGCUCGCGACAUCAUUCAGAAUAUUCUAAAGCUAUUUCAAAACAGCGAAUAGCUUUUUUAUCUUUUAAAUAAUUCCAAUUUCAAUUGUAUUCCACGGAAUUUUACGUUGAAUUUAAAAAAAUUUUCAUUGAUUUUAUGUUGAAAUUCAGACAGGCUCAUACAAUGAUUCGAAGCGUUUUGGUUCUGGUAUUGUUCGAAGUUAUGGCUUUGGAUGAAAGCUGCUUAGUUUCUUCGGAAAGAAACGAAUUAGCAAACAUUUUACAAAAGGAUUCCAGUGAAAAGGGGAAGCCCAUAGCUCUCAGUGAAAACGAUAUAAAAGAUAUACUGAGAAGAUUGAAUUAUUUCAAAAGACAUCCUCCCUAUACAAGUCAUAAAAUGAUAAAAUUGAUGUGGAAUAACACAUUGGCAAAAAUGGCAGAAGAAUGGGGCGAAAAUUGUCCCCACAAACGAGGCCCAAAAAACUGUCUAAAAUUCAUUAAUCAAAAUAUAUACAGAGGAAACGGUAAAACUGUUAGAAGUGCACUUACGGCUUGGAACAUUUUCUGGUCAUAUAAUUACACUGGAAACUAUUGCUUCGAUGAAGAUUAUAUUGGAUGUUUAUAUUAUAAGGCGUUAUAUUGGGCUGAAAGUCAUUCUGUAGGAUGCGCAAUAUUGACUUGCAGGCAUGACAAUUUAAUUAUAUGCAAUUUUUAUCCAGGUAGUGAAAAACUUGACGAAGAGCUUCCUUUUGAAGUAGGAAAAUCAGAUUGUUACCCUGAGCUAUGUCCACCUCAAGCUCAGAAAUGUGAUACGGAAGAUCCCGUUUUUAGUAUUUGCGAAAUGACAUCGGUUCCAGAAAUACCAGAUGAGGUUAUUAACUGUGCUCUACAAUUGGAUCCGAGUACAACUUUGGAACCGGAUACAACAUCGGAACUGUACACAACUUCGGAACCGGAUACUACUACUCAUGUUCAGUGCUGUGGAUACAGAAAUACUCCUACAGUCGAGAAGAAAAUAAUAAUAAAAUUAACAUGUUUACUUGUCGUGAUCAUUACAAAUACUUUCUACAUAUAAUAAUUGUUAAAAUAUUUUAAAUUACUAUUAAUACGGUGUAUUGUAUAUAAG